AAAGAUAUUGUAUAUUGGAUAUUGGAAAUUCAAUCUGAGGUUUGGACUCGGAAUAUUCACAUUGAACGGCUUAAAUUUUAAACGUCUGCGUUACUAUGGCACUUCAUUAUCCGGAAUUUCAGGAACAUAUUGGUGAACAUCCAGCUAACAUUUAUCAUGAUACUGUCUCAAUCGGUGGUGGUUCAUCAUUUCCGCAGUUCCCUUCCCAAACACGGGGAUGGUUAGAUGCAACUGAUUCAAGUUCCGAGUCAUUGGCUGUUGAAAUUUCUGGAGCGACGAGUGAUAAAGACCGAGUUCUGUUCAAGAUUCAAACGAAGACUACAUUGCCUGAUUUUAAACAAAAUAAAUGCAAUGUACAACGAAUGCACGAAGAGUUCGUCUGGCUUCAUGAUCAUUUAGUUGAAAAUGAAACAUAUGCAGGUCUUAUUGUUCCACCGGUACCACCCAAACCAGAUUUCGAUGCAUCUCGAGCGAAAUUACAACGAUUAGGGGAAAAUGAAGAUAAUCUACCCGUAAAGGAUUUGCAUAAAAUGAAAGCUGAGUUAGAAGCUGAAUACUUAGCUGCUUUUAAGAAAACAGUAGCAAUGCAUGAAGUGUUUCUCCAACGAUUAGCAUCACAUCCAACAUUUAAACAUGAUCGUGGUUUUCGUGUAUUUUUGGAAUUUGAAGAAGAGUUAAAUGUACGAAAUAAGACAAGAAAAGAAAAGGCAGUUGAUUUUUUUAAAUCUGUUUCAAAAUCAGCUGAUGAAACAUUAUGGUUAAAUAAUCAACGUGAUAGCGAUGUAUUCUUUCGUGAAGAAAAAUGCGUCUUAGCUGUUUAUCAUUCAGCCAUAAAAGAUGCAACGAUAGCAGCUGAUUUAGCAUCUAAAUGUCGUAAAACUAAUGCAAACACUCUACUACAAAUCGAAUUGGCUCUGUCUAAUCUAAUUCCAAAAGAAUACGGUAUCACUUCUGAAACAGAUUUGACAAAUUUGUUAACCGAUUUCUUUGAAAGCUUUCAAAAAAUUUUGGUUCGUUUGAGUGCGGAUGAAGACUUGAAACUGUCUGAUACAUUUCGAUAUUAUGCAAUUGAUACUGGAGCGGCACGUGACCUACUUUAUCGCCGAUGUCGUGCUUUAGCAGAUUAUGAAACCGCUAAUCGUAAUCUUGAUAAGGCUCGAGCACGUAUGAAAGAUGUUCAGACAGCGGAAGACGCACAAACUGCAGCUAAUGAACGUUUCAAGUCUAUUUCAGAAUCAGCUAAACUUGAAUUAGAAGAUUUCAAAGUUCGUCGAAUUAAAUAUUUUCACAAGAAUUUAGUUGAACUUGCUGAAUUAGAAAUAAAACAUGCUAAGUCCCAAAUUGAAUUAAUAAAAUCUUCAUUGGUACGAUUAAAGUCAAUCAAUGCACCUGUUAUGAAGUCACCUACCGUUACCAUGCAACCGACAAUUCGUUCCAACAGUAACGCCUCAAUGACUGCUACUACUACUACUACUACUACUUCUGCUACUGCUACUACUAUCAGUUAUAAUAAUAAUAAUGAUUCCACUGGUGGUGCUGAUGGAGGAUAUACAAUUUCAUCGACAAAUAACCUCACUAAAUUUGAUUGGUCAAAAUAAUCCAAUGUCUAUUGUUGAUUUGAUAUGUUGUAUGUUGGGCAAUAACAAAAAAUGAUUAUCAUUGUCAAGUAUUUUUAUUGCCUUCAAGAAUAUUCUACCAUCUUCAACACUCACAGCCUUAUUCCGAUUGAUGAUGAUUGUUAAUAAAAUAGUUUAUACUUUCUGUCUAUAAAUUAAUGCAGCCCUGUAUUGAUUUCUAUUUUCUUAUUUUAAUAUAUUUCUUUCAAUAUCAUUUGUAUGAGUAUCUAUCUAUCUAUAUAUGUGUGUAUGUGUGUGUGUUUAGUUUAUGCUUUGAUGCUACUACUACUACUACUUCAACUACUGUUGUGAUACUCAUCCACUGCACUACUAAUGCCCAGAAAUAGAAGAUUCUUUAUUCUAUCUCAAUUCUAUCCUUACAAUUCAUUCAUAUCAUGUAAGAAUGCAAAAGUAACUGAAUUUCAAUGUAAACAGCCGUUGCAUUCAAAUUGAAGCGUCUAUACUGUGUUGUUGUAGGUUCGGGUGUGUGUGUGUGUGUCCGUGUGUAUAUGUACUAAUUGCUUUCAUUUUUCUAUUUGUUUGUUUGAUGAAUAGUACAUCUGAUUUUCUGGUUAGAUUUACCCAACUUUCAAAUACUGUGAUACUGUGAACAACACCUUGAUUAAUGGGUUUAAUAUAUGAAAAUGAUUAUUCAUAGGAGGCGUGAAUUGAAUCCACCAUUCAACUCCUUCACACACAUACACAUUUAAUACUUAGGUGCAAAAUGAUUACUCACACAAUGAUCACAUUCACUUGUUAUAUGUUUGAUUAACUUGGCGUGCGUGCACUUGAUGAAAUACUCUCUUCUUUAUUUUCUACUUUUAAUUCUCGUCUGUUGGUUGGUUUGUUCGCUUUUUUACUUUUCUUUUGUUUUCGUUUUGUUUUUCUUUAAACAAAAGUAUCGAUUGAAAUGUUCUCUGAUUGAGGUUUUUAUCCAUGUGUUUAUUAUUAUUAUUAUUAUUUGUUUUACUAUUCAUUGAUCGGGUAUUUUGUAAUAUUCCAAUUUAUUCCUAUAUAUAUAUAUAUAUAUAUAU